UAACCAAAAAUGAAGGAGAACUAUUGUUUACACGCCGCUCUGGCCUGCCUGGGCCUGCUGUGUGCCAGCCAGGCUCUGGCCACCGAGAAACUGAACCGUUUCCAGCUCCCGCUCCACGCUCACCACGAAACGGGCAAAGAGGGGCAGGUCCUGCACCGCUCAAAGAGAGGCUGGGUCUGGAAUCAGUUUUUCGUCAUCGAAGAGUACACUGGGCCCGAUCCCGUGCUCGUUGGCAGGCUCCACUCUGAUAUCGAUUCUGGGGAUGGAAACAUUAAAUACAUUCUCUCAGGGGAAGGAGCGGGGACCAUUUUUGUCAUUGACGACAAAUCAGGAAACAUCCACGCAACGAAGACACUGGACAGAGAAGAGAGGGCCCAGUACACGCUGAUGGCCCAAGCCGUAGACAGAGACACCAACCGACCCCUGGAGCCUCCUUCUGAGUUCAUCGUUAAGGUGCAGGAUAUAAAUGACAACCCUCCUGAGUUCCUUCAUGAAAACUACCACGCUAACGUGCCGGAGAGAUCCAACGUGGGAACCUCAGUGAUUCAGGUGACAGCGUCAGAUGCUGAUGACCCCACUUAUGGAAACAGCGCUAAGCUGGUAUACAGCAUUCUUGAAGGCCAGCCGUAUUUCUCCGUGGAAGCCCAAACAGGUAUCAUCAGAACUGCGCUUCCGAACAUGGACAGAGAAGCCAAGGAAGAGUAUCACGUCAUUAUUCAAGCCAAGGACAUGGGAGGACAUAUGGGAGGACUCUCAGGCACAACCAAAGUGACAAUUACCCUUACCGAUGUCAACGAUAACCCACCAAAGUUCCCACAGAGUGUCUACCAGAUGUCAGUGUCGGAAGCAUCUGUUCCAGGGGAGGAAGUGGGAAGACUAAAGGCCAAAGACCCAGACAUUGGAGAAAAUGGCUUAAUAACGUACAACAUCAUUGACGGAGACGGCGUAGACAUGUUUGAAAUCACAACCGAUUACGAGACUCAGGAAGGGGUGGUGAAACUUAAAAAGCCUGUAGAUUUUGAAGCCAAAAAAGCUUACAGUCUGAAGGUGGAGGCAGCCAACGUGCACAUUGACCCCAAGUUCAUAAGCAACGGGCCGUUCAAGGACACGGUAACUGUGAAGAUUGCAGUGGAAGAUGCCGACGAACCGCCCGUGUUUCUAGCGCCCAGCUACGUUCACGAGGUCCAGGAGAACGCGCCUGCUGGGACUGUGGUGGGAAGAGUUCAUGCCAAAGACCCCGAUGCUGCCAACAGUCCAAUAAGAUACUCAAUCGAUCGUCAUACUGACCUCGACCGAUUUUUUAACAUUAAUCCGGAAGAUGGUCUUAUUAAAACCACAAAACCCUUGGAUAGGGAAGAGACCGCCUGGCUGAACAUCUCCGUCUUUGCCACUGAAAUUCACAACCGCCACCAGGAAGCCAAAGUUCCCGUUGCAAUCAGGGUCAUUGACGUCAAUGACAAUGCUCCCAACUUUGCAACGACUUACGAAGCGUUUAUUUGUGAAAGUGAUCAGACCAAACCAUUGUCCAACCAGCCGUUUAUUACAAUUAGUGCUGAUGACAAGGAUGACACUGCCAAUGGACCAAGAUUUAUCUUCAGCUUACCCCCUGAAAUUAUUCAUAAUCCAAAUUUUACACUCAGAGACAACAGAGAUAACACUGCCAGUGUUUACGUUCGACGUGGAGGCUUUAGUCGCCAGAAGCAGGAUCUCUACCUUCUUCCCAUUGUGAUAAACGACGGCGGGGUGCCCCCGAUGAGCAGUACCAACACGCUGACCAUCAAAGUCUGUGGCUGUGAUCACAACGGCUCGCUCCUCUCCUGCAACGCAGAAGCCUACGUCCUCAACGCCGGCCUGAGCACUGGAGCUCUGAUCGCCAUUCUGGCCUGCAUCGUGAUCUUGCUCGUCAUUGUGGUGCUGUUUGUAACCCUGAGAAGACAGAAGAAGGAACCGCUGAUCGUCUUCGAAGAAGAAGACGUGCGGGAGAACAUCAUUACCUACGACGACGAAGGCGGAGGAGAGGAAGACACCGAGGCCUUCGACAUCGCCACCCUGCAGAACCCCGAUGGCAUCAACGGGUUCAUUCCUCGCAAGGACAUUAAACCCGAAUAUCAGUACAUGCCCCGGCCCGGGCUCCGUCCAGCGCCCAACAGCGUUGAUGUCGACGACUUCAUCAACUCGAGGAUACAGGAGGCCGACAACGACCCCACCGCUCCGCCUUACGACUCCAUCCAGAUCUACGGCUACGAAGGACGAGGCUCGGUGGCCGGCUCCCUCAGCUCCCUAGAAUCCGCGACCACAGAUUCGGAUUUGGACUACGAUUACCUACAGAACUGGGGACCGCGCUUUAAGAAACUUGCGGACUUGUAUGGUUCCAAAGACACUUUUGAUGACGAUUCUUAACAAUAAAAAGUUGAAUUUGGCCUUAAGAACUGUGUCCGGCGUCCUGAAGAAUCCAGAAGAAACAUUCAAAGCAGGUAUUUUUUUAAAACCGAGAAAAGGCUCAUUUAAACCCUUUAAGUUUGACCAAGAGGAUAAAGUGAAUCAAAACCAGGACAUCCAAGUGGUAAAUACUGUGAAGUACCUUGACCGACGAAAGGCAGUGUCGAAGUGGGCUAUCGGCUUCACUGGAGGAAAAAAAAAACAAAAAACUACCACUCUGGAGGAACAAAAUAUUUAAGCGAAGCAAGAACACUCUCAUCGUGAACUUACGAGGAAGGAAGACCUUCUAUGUAUUAUGAACAUCAAAAUCGUUUAUGUCAAUGAAGCUUCCACGAAAUGAGAAAGGAUAACAGUUCGGAGCUGUAAUUUCGCCUUAAACUCUGGACACUCUCUAUGUAGUGCAUUUUUAAACUUGAAAUAUAUCCUAUUCAGCCAGCUUAAACCCAUAUGAUGUAUGUACAGUACAAUGUACAACUAUAAUGUCUCUUGAGCAUCAAAACUUGUUACUGCUGACUCUUGUAAAUCUUUUUGCUUAUACUUUCAUCUUAAACUAAUAUGUGCCAGAUAUAACUCUGUCUUGUUGCAGUGAGAGGAUCUCUAUUUCUAUGUCAUUUUUAAUGUAUCUAUUUGUACAAUUUUAAAGUUCUUAUUUUAGUAUACAUACAAAUAUCAGUAUUCUGACAUGUAAGAAAUGUUACAGCAUCACACUUAUAUUUUAUGAACAUUGUACUGUUGCUUUAAUAUGUGCUUCAAUAUAAGAAGCAAAAUUUGAAAUAAAAAGGAUUCUUUUUUAAUUCUUGUUUGGAUUCUUAAGCAUUUAAGAAAACCGGAGUAUUUCUUAGGCCCCAUUUCUAGUUCUGGCUAAUUUACAAUGGUGACUUUUACUAGCCCUAUUUAUUAUAUGUUUGUAGUUUGUCUGUUGCCUUGUUGAGUGUUUAUUUAAAAUCCGAUACAUUUUACAGAUGUUUUUAGAUAAUAUUCUGUAUCGUCUCGUGAGCAUUUUGUAUCCGCUCGAUAUAAGACUUGUGGUGGCUGCCAGGGCCUCUUUGAUAUGAAACUCCCGUGCUCUGGAUCUAAGUCCGUUUAUUAUUUGAAACUUUUGGUUAUGUAAUAUGCAUUUAUCUUAAUAGCUUAGCGAUUCUACGUAGAAGAUAAUGUCCAGCUACAGGGAGUAGCAGUCAACGCCCAAUGUUGUAAUCACUGCGUGUUGUAAACUCCAGGAUCAGCUUGUGGGAAGGGGAGACUUCCCAGCGGAAUCCCGUCCAAUUUUAGCCGUCAAGCCCUGGCCCCUCCGUCCUCCCCGAGGGCAUCUUAUCUGAGAGAAAUCAUUACGGACUGGGGUUGGAUGGGGGAGAGGAGGAAGUUGGGGGUCGGGGAAAGGGAGGAGAGUUUUCAUUUACCUGCAGGAGAAUCACCUGGUCUUUGAAUACCACGGCACUGUCGUUCGUAAUAAGAGAAGUCGAGAUUGCUUUCAGAACUGCUCUGUGUAGUGUUGGUUUCUUCCUCAAAUUAAAGUGAUCUCUGCCCAUCGGGAGGGUCCGUCACGAGGAGCAAGGAAGCUCAAUAUUAGCAGAGCUGGGGGCAGGCCCGCUGUCUUCUCAAACAGAAGGUCGCUUCCCGGGAAAGGUGAAAUUUACGGGGCUAGAUACUGAAAUUAGCCAUCCUGUCGGGGACGGAGGCAAUCCAGAGGAAAAACUCACUUUCACCGCUCUAAAAAUUGUCAUCAGAGUUUGCUUCCUCCUUCUUCUGGGUAGCGAGCCAGGCCCGGGCUGAUUUUGAUUCCUUCAUUUCAGACAAGGGCCCCUCAUCGGAAAUAUGUCCGCAGAUCAGUUAGGGGUUGAUUCUUAUAUUUUUAUAAUCCAAAGACUAUUUUGCUAGAUUUGCACAUUUCUCCCAUUCAAUUUGACAGAAAGGAAACCCACCUGAGAGCACAUAAGCAGGAAGGAUUAAUUGAAACAGGUUCCCCCAUCACCAAGGAUGAGAAUAUUUUCCUUGCCCCAUUGGGUGUGUAUUAGGAUUGGAAUUAGCUCCUGCAUUUUUCACCAUUUUAUGUUGAAAUCCGGACGGGACACUGUUGCUUCCUUUUUUGAAGAGUUAAGAUGGCUUGUUUUUUUUAGUCUUUGCUGUUUGUAGAACCCUCCUAGAAGCUUCAAAAUAAAAUUUCUUUCCCUAC